GGGAGAGGCGCUGAGUGAGGGCGGGUCUGCGCGUCAUCAGAGCCCUCCAGAGCCGGCGAGCUGCAGCCUGCAGACUUCUCCCGCACAGGGCUCGCGAAGAGCGUGCCCUGGGGCGCCUAGGACUUAACGCCCGGACCUACAAACCAGAGAGGACUCUCUUGCUCAGCCUUUUGGAAUAGCAGUUGGGGCCGGCAGCAUGAGCCCUGGAAGGCUCGGGGGCAGCCCCUGCCUUUUCCUCUUGCAGCUCUUCAGUCUCUGCUGGGUGCUCUCAGUGGCCCAGAGCAAGACAGUGCGAUACAGCACCUUCGAGGAAGACGCCCCUGGUACGGUUAUCGGGACCCUGGCGGAGGACCUGCAUAUGAAAGUGUCCGGAGACACAAGCUUCCGCCUGAUGAAGCAGUUCAACAGCUCGCUGAUCCGGGUGCGCGAGGGUGACGGGCAGCUGACCGUCGGGGACGCGGGCCUGGACCGCGAGCGGCUUUGCGGCCGGGCUCCACAGUGCGUGCUGCCCUUCGACGUGGUCAGCUUCUCCCAGGAGCAGUUUCGGCUGGUGCACGUGGAGGUGGAGGUGAGGGACGUCAACGACCAUGCGCCGCGCUUUCCCCGGGCCCAGAUCCCGGUGGAGGUGUCCGAGGGCGCGGCCGUGGGCACGCGCAUUCCCCUGGAGGUGCCUGUGGACGAGGACGUGGGCGCCAACGGGCUGCAGAGUGUGCGCCUGGCGGAGCCUCACAGCCCGUUCCGCGUGGAGCUGCAGACGCGCGCGGACGGCGCCCAGUGCGCCGACCUGGUGUUGCUGCAGGAGCUGGACCGGGAGAGCCAGGCCACCUACAGCCUGGAGCUGGUGGCUCAGGACGGCGGCCGCCCGCCGCGCUCCGCCACCGCUGCCCUCAGCGUGCGUGUGCUGGAUGCCAACGACCACAGCCCGGCCUUCCCGCAGGGCGCUGUAGCCGAGGUGGAGCUGGCGGAGGACGCGCCGGUGGGCUCUCUGCUUCUCGACCUGGACGCCGCCGACCCCGACGAGGGCCCCAACGGCGAAGUGGUGUUCUCCUUUGGCGCUCGAACCCCGCCCGAAGCGCGCCGCCUCUUCCGGCUCGACCCGCGCUCGGGCCGCCUCACCCUGGCCGGUCCCGUGGACUACGAGCGGCAGGACACCUACGAGCUGGACGUGCGGGCUCAGGAUCGCGGCCCGGGACCUCGCACCGCCACCUGCAAGGUCAUCGUGCGCAUCCGCGACGUCAACGACAACGCUCCCGACAUCGCCAUCACCCCGCUGGCAGCCCCGGGCGCGCCCGCCACAUCGCCCUUCGCCGCGGCUGCCGCCGCCGCUGCUCUCGGAGGGUCGGACACGACCUCGUCGGGGGGGUCUGGGAGUCCGGAGGCUGUCGCCACGUCGCUGGUUCCGGAAGGGGCGGCGCGAGAGAGCCUGGUGGCACUGGUUAGCACCUCGGACAGGGACUCGGGCGCCAACGGGCAGGUGCGCUGCGCCCUCUACGGGCACGAGCACUUUCGGCUGCAGCCGGCCUACGCUGGCAGCUACCUGGUGGUGACCGCGGCAUCUUUGGACCGCGAACGCAUCGCCGAGUACAACUUGACGCUGGUGGCAGAGGACCGCGGCGCGCCCCCGCUGCGCACCGUGCGACCCUACACGGUGCGCGUGGGCGACGAAAACGACAACGCGCCGCUUUUCACGCGGCCGGUCUACGAGGUGUCGGUGCGCGAGAACAACCCUCCCGGCGCCUACUUGGCCACCGUAGCCGCCCGAGACCCGGACCUGGGACGCAACGGCCAGGUCACCUACCGACUGCUAGAAGCCGAGGUGGGCCGAGCAGGGGGCGCAGUGUCCACCUACGUCUCGGUGGACCCGGCCACUGGGGCCAUAUAUGCUCUGCGCAGCUUCGACUAUGAGGCGCUGCGCCAGCUCGACGUGCGUAUCCAGGCGAGCGACGGCGGCUCCCCCCAGCUUUCCAGCAGCGCCCUGGUGCAAGUGCGGGUGCUGGACCAGAACGACCACGCGCCAGUCCUGGUGCACCCGGCGCCGGCCAACGGCUCCCUAGAAGUGGCAGUUCCCGGACGCACGUCCAGGGACUCAGCGGUGGCGCGUGUACAGGCCCGGGACGCGGACGAAGGCGCCAACGGGGAACUGGUCUUCGAUUUGCUGCAGCAGGAGCCGCGCGAAGCCUUCGCCAUCGACCGCCGCACGGGGGAGAUCGUGCUCACUGGGGACCUCUCGCAAGAGCUGCCCGGCCGCGUGUUCCGGGCGCUGCUGGUAGUUUCCGACGGCGGCCUCCCCCCUCUCUCUACUAGCGCCACCGUCAGCUUCGUAGUAACAGCAGGCGGAGAGCGCGGGCCGGAGGGGUCUGGCAGUGCUAGGGGCACGGAGCGCUCCCGCCCGCCCGGCUCUCGGCUCGGGGCAUCGGGGCCAGCGCUGCAGUGGGACACGCCGCUGAUCGUCAUCAUCGUGCUGGCCGGGAGUUGCACGCUGCUGCUCGCCGCCAUCAUCGCCAUCGCCACCACCUGCAACCGCCGCAAGAAGGAGGUGCGCAAAGGGGGGGCCCUCCGGGAAGAGCGGCCCGGGGCGGCGGGCGGCGGAUCCUCGGCUCCCGGCUCCCCGGAGGAGGCCGCCCGGGGAGCCGGGCCCAGGCCCAACAUGUUCGACGUCCUCACCUUCCCUGGCAGUGGCAAAGCGCCCUUUGGCAGCCCCGCGGCCGACGCGCCCCCACCCGCGGUCGCCGCGGCCGAAGUGCCGGGCUCGGAGGGCGGCAGCGCCACGGGGGAAAGCGCCUGUCACUUCGAGGGGCAGCAGCGGCUCCGCGGCGCGCACGCCGAGCCCUACGGUGUCUCCCCCGGCUUCGGGAAGGAGCCGGCGCCCCCUGUGGCCGUCUGGAAGGGGCACUCGUUCAACACCAUCUCCGGCCGAGAAGCGGAGAAGUUCAGCGGCAAAGACAGUGGCAAAGGGGAUAGUGAUUUCAACGACAGCGAUUCCGACAUCAGCGGGGAUGCUCUGAAAAAGGAUCUCAUCAACCACAUGCAGAGUGGACUGUGGGCGUGCACCGCGGAGUGUAAGAUCCUCGGCCACUCAGACCGAUGCUGGAGUCCCUCCUGCGGGGGGCCCAAUGCGCCUCCCCUGCCUCACCCACCAGCCCAGAUGUCCACCUUCUGUAAGAGCACGUCCCUGCCUCGGGAUCCCCUGCGAAGGGACAAUUACUACCAGGCCCAGCUGCCCAAGACAGUGGGGCUGCAGAGUGUCUAUGAGAAAGUGCUGCACAGGGACUAUGACAGGACAGUCACUCUCCUCUCCCCGCCCCGCCCGGGGAGGCUCCCAGACCUGCAGGAGAUCAGCGUCCCUCUCUACCAGUCCCCCCCUGGUAGGUACCUGUCCCCGAAGAAGGAGGCCAAUGAAAAUGUGUAAUCCCACGCUGCAUGUCUUCACACACAUACAGGCCAUUCUGAGAAGCCCCUAAGUUAAUUGACCGGUGUCAGUGUUGUAUAUAUAAAUAUGCAAGACGUGCCUUAAAAUGAAGUUGUUGGAAGCUGUUUCCAAUCACAUGAGUACUGUUUGGUAUUUGCAAACAAACGGAAAAAAGUAGUCAAUGUAACUUUUAUGAAAUGUGUGCAGUAUUUAAUUUUUCUUAUCAUGCUAUGGAUUUUAAGUUCACUUUCGGCUUGCCGUUUUCUUAGUGUUUUUAACCUGUACAUUGUGUAAUGUAAUGUUUGUAUAUAAUUAAAUUUUGUUCUAUUUUUAUAUACUAAAAGCUAAAGUGGACGUUAUUGCCAAAGGAACUGUCUGUAAGACAAAAAAAAAAAUAUGUUGGAAUUACUGAAUGGAAAUUUCUUUCAUCUGAAACAAUCUAGUGUUUGAGAAAUUUUGCCUUGCCAAGUAUAACUUGUAUAUCUUGAGUCUGUGGUAGAUUUCAAGUUCAAUGUUAUUUAAUUACAUUUGGAUUUCUGUAAACCAUGUCACUUAUAAGCACAGUAAUAAAGGAUUUGUCAUGUGUUUGAAGAAUCUGCUAAUUGCUUUUCAUGGAGUUACCUAUAGUCAGACAUCAACAGAUAAUUUGAGUACCAGAAUUAAGCCUUCUUUCAAGUUCUAUUUAUUUGAGCCAGUUCAAAUAAUUAAUGUUCAUGGCAAUAUUAAACCUCUGAGAGAUCAACUAUUGGGAAAUUUCACCAAGUUAUUAAAAAUACUUGUUUUUUUUUUAAAAAGUGUGUGCAUCUUCAUAUAUAUCAAGCACUCUAUAAAAUUCCUGCCCUAAUUUAUUCACUCAGUGAGUAUUUAUUAAGCAUCUACCAAAAAGCGGAGGAAGCUAAGUUAGGGUUGUUCAUUCAUUAAGUAAGCAAACAUCUGCAGAGUAUUACAAGCUGCCAUUAACUCCUCUAGGAGCUGGAGACCAAAGGCGAAGAAGACAUAGUCCCAGUGAGCUCUCAGCAUAUCAGGGAUACUGGUAUUAAAAAGACACCCAAGUUUAUGGGUGAAAUGGCAUGAUGCCAAAGAUUUGCUUUAAAAUAUUCCAGGAAAAGAAAAAACAGGAGGGGUGGGAAUAUGAAACGAUUGAUAAAACGUUUGUCAGUGCUGGUAUGGGUGCGUGUAGGAAGAUUCAUUAUUUCUAUCUCUCAAUUUAUGUGUUUAUAUCUGAUAGCGUAUAUAAUAGAAGGUUAAAUUAAAAAAAAAAAAACACUCUAGAGGUAUAAAGCCAUAUAAUAAACAGAAAAAAUUUUUACCCUUCCCUAAACUUCUGCAAUUUCUUUCUAGCCAAAUAUUUCUGUUUCAGGAAUACCUGCUCUUAACAAUGCAUUCUUUUCAUUUGCAAAUUAAAAUGGUGAUGAUAAUGAGAGCUAGCAUUUACUGAGUGAUCUUUGUGACUGGAGCUCCAUAAAAAGCACUCUGUAAGAAUUAAUUCAUUUCAUCCUCACAGCUACCCCCAUAAGAGGGGAAGUAUCAUCUCCAUUUUGCACCGGGAGGUUAGGUAAAGUGCCCAAAAUCAUAGUCAGGUGACUGUCCAGGGUGAAAUUCCAGGCCAGUUUAGGGCAGAAAAAUGAUGUAGUGAAAAAAGUUUGUUUUUCUUUUUCUUUUUUUAAUAAACAUGAAAGAGUUAGGUGAAAAAGUCCCAGUGCAUUGCCUUUACUGCCUGAUUAUUGUUUAGUCCUUUGUAUUUGUGAAGUGCCUGUGUUCCUUUAUUACUAAUUAUAGAGUGUGAGGCACCAAAAUGAAUAGAGAAGCCCUCCAAGCUGCCUGUUGAAGUCAUAAUUGAAACCAGUGGUGGCUCCAAGCUGAACAGCAGGGUAAGUGCACACAAGUGCUUCGCCACCCACCGCCUGUGCAAAGUUCAGUGGUUUCUUCAGGCAACCGAGCUGCGCAUGCGCCUGAGGAACUCAGCCUUUGCAGGCCUCAGGUCUUUAAAGAAACCUGUUCAUCCAGAGCCAUGAUGACUAGGCCCAAGAGGAGGGACUCCAGGGUAGUGGUGGUGGUGUUAGGUGCCCUUGAGUUUAUUUUGGACCCAUAGCGACCCCAUGUGAUGGAGUAGAGCUGCCCAGUAGGGUUUCCUAAUGUAACCUUUACGGAAGCAGAUGGCCAGGUCUUUCUCCCGGAAAAUGGCUGGGUGGGUUUGAACCACUAACCUUACAGUUAGCAGAUGAGCACUGAGCCAUUUGUGUCACCAGGGCUCCUUGAGCCAGUCGGGUAAGUGCAGAGCAGAAUAAAUAAUCCCGUGGGACAGCAGUGGGUUUUUGGCAGCCCAAAAGCCUCCAGUUUCUGACUGUGGUUUGCUUGCUUGUGUCCUUCAAAAGUACAAUGUUAUUGUCAUUAUUUAUUUUGUACUGUGUAAGCGAUUUCAUUAUUCCAAAAAAUUUGGUUUUCAAAACCUUUCAGACUUCACAGUGAUAUUUUUUUUCCCCCUUAGAGAAAUGACCAUUAAAAAUCUUGUUUUUACUUUGGAACUUUAAAAAAAUCAAACACAUUAUUCAGUCCUGAUAUAAAAAAAAAAAAAAAAUUUUAUGUGUUUGUUUAAACAAAAUGAAAAGAGAAGAAGGAGGAUCUUCUAAGAGACAGGAGAAAGGGCUCUCAGAGAAACAGGGCCUGUAUGAAAGGAGCCUUCUGCUUUUCUCUAGAAAUGUUUAAUCUCAAGCAUAUUUUUAUGAAAAUAAGUUGUUUUAUUACAUUUCCAGUUGCCAUUGAGUUGAUUUUGACUCAUGGUGACCUUAUGUGUGUCAGAGCAGAACUAUACUCCACAGGGUUUUCGGUGGCUGACUUUUUUAAAAAAAGGUUGCCAGGCCUUUCUUUUGAGGCAUCUCUGGAUGGACUCAAACCUUCAACCUUUCAGGUAGUAGCCAAGCACAUUAACCAUUUGCACUACCUAAACCAAACAAAAAACUCGUUGCUGUCGAGUCGAUUCCGAUUCAUAGCAACCCUAUGGAAACCCUGAUGGCGUAGUGGUUAAGAGCUCGGCUGCUAACCAAAAGUUCGGCAGUUCAAAUCCACCAGGCGCUCCUUGGAAACCCUAUGGGGCAGUUCUACUCUGUCCUAUAGGGUCACUAUGAGUUGCACUACCCAGGGACACCUUUAUUAAAUUAAAUGAGAUUAUAUAUAUGGAGAAUACUUAGCACAAUACCUGGCUUAUAGUAAGCACUCAGUAUGUCCUGUCAUCUUUUCUUGCCUUUCUUUGGAGACUGUCUCCACCACAGCUAGCAGGGAAGCCCCAACCACUAAGGAAGAUGAAGUAGACCCCGGAUGUCUGGCCUUGUUCUGACACUAAUUUGCCUUCUUUACCUCUUCCACUUUCAUCAUGUAGACCAGAGCCUUCUGAGUCAUCAAUACUCUACAAACAAGGAUGGCUAAAGGGAAUUAUCACAGGCAAACUCACCACCUCCUAGAGCAGUCAAUACUCUACAAACAAAUGAGGCUAAAGGGAACAUCACAGGCAAACCUGCAAGCACUAGAGGUUUAUGAUGGUGCCACAGAUGUCUCUCUGGAGGUGGAGGCCAGCAACCCUUGGGUACCUUCGCAGUGAUAGGUUAUGGGAGGGCCCUUGGGGAAGAGAGAAGUCACCUUGAGAGAGAAAGCUAAAGCCAGACUUUACCUCUUUCACAUUUUCGUCUCUGGCCCCAUUGACUUGGAUGUCCUAUGCUUCCUAUAAUAAAAUAUCCAUCAAGGAAACCA